AGGGGUUUUAUAGAGAUUUCAAGUUGCGGGAAACAGCAUUAACAGCACCAAUUUAGGGUUCACACCGAAAUCCCUUUUCCACGCUGCAAGUGGUUUGUUGGUUCUUCUUUUCUUUCUGCUCUCUUCAUCUCCCUUUGAAAACACCAUCUUUUUUCUUUACCUCAAAACAAUGCCCUGCUAUCGUUCCGACCGACACACAAGGCGAUUUCAUCCGUACUCUCGACCCCAGAAGUUGCCUGAAAACGAUGUCAGAUUUGGAAAAACCUCGAUUCAUCGCUUGGCUUUUCUUCGAAUUCUCAUUUCUAGGUGGCUGAUCUCUUCGCCAAUGAUUGACGACCGUAACGCUAGCACCAGUCUCAAAAUAUUGUAUCAUCGGAAAUAUCUUGAAUAUUUGCACAAUCUUUACCAUCUACCGCUUUCCUUUUCUUGGGUGAUCUUAUUUUGCCUAGUUUUGAUUUGGCUUGCUCGGGGCGACGACAUUCGCUGGCCUACACUCAUUUUGACAUUUUUCUACGUAUUCAUGUUCAACGCGAAGAAAUUUUUGGACUUUCCACGAAAGGUUGGGCAGUUAGAAUCUGUCUCAACUACGCAACUUCGUAAAUCAAUGCGCGUACUUGUUGACCUUGGUUGACUCAUAUAUCAUACGUCCUCUUGUGUAGAGCGUUGCGCCUAUUGUACCCACUGCUAUUCACCUGCUAUCUGCUAGGCUUACGCUAUGUAGCUAUGUUUUGUUUACUACAUGUACAGCUACACCACAUAUAUCCAUUGUACAUCCAUCUUUGACUCUCAAGCCUCGCAUGAAGCUUCGGUUGUCCUACCUAUCGGGCGUCCAAUGAC